CAGCAGAGGGGCGGGGCCAACAGUUUGCCGGCCAGCGCGAGGCGCCUCUCUCAGAAGGGGACUUGCACGCGCCGCUCAGUGAGGCCGCUGUCCAGUUGCAGAAGGAAGGCAUGGCUACGUCAGCGGAGGGGAUCAAGCGGGCCCAAGCGGCGGCGUCUCAGUGGCUGCUCUGGGACAAGAAUCCUAAAACCUCAGAAAUAGUAAAGCAGCUUGUUGCAAGUGGAAACAAAGAGGAGCUCCAAAAAUGUUUUGGUUCACGGAUGGAAUUUGGGACCGCAGGACUCCGAGCAGCCAUGGGAGCAGGAACAUCUCACAUGAAUGAUUUGACUAUUAUCCAGACCACUCAGGGAUUUUGUAGGUAUCUUGAAAAGAGUUUCAGUGACCUAAAGAAAAAAGGAGUUGUGAUUAGCUAUGAUGCUCGGGCUCAUUCUUCAAGUGGAGGCAGCAGCAAAAGAUUUGCAAGACUUGCUGCAACAACAUUCAUCAGUCAAGGUGUUCCUGUGUACCUUUUUUCUGGUAUAACACCAACUCCUUUCGUGCCCUAUACAGUGACUCAUCUGAAGCUUUCUGCUGGAAUUAUGGUUACUGCAUCUCAUAAUCCCAAGCAAGAUAAUGGAUACAAGGUUUAUUGGAACAAUGGUUCUCAGAUUAUUGCUCCUCAUGAUAAAGGAAUUGCACAAGCCAUUGAGGAAAACCUAGAGCCAUGGCCUCAAGCCUGGGAUGACAGCCUGAUUGAUAAGAGUCCUCUUCUCCAUGAUCCGUAUGCAUCUAUUAACAAGGACUACUUCAAAGACAUACAGAAACACUGCUUUCAUAGGAACAUAAACAAGGAGACAAAGCUGAAAUUUGUCCAUACCUCUGUGCACGGUGUAGGCCAUGAAUUUGUGCAAUCAGCCUUUAAGGCAUUUGACUUUAGCCCUCCAUUUGCUGUUCCUGAGCAGAAAAACCCUGAUCCAGAAUUUCCAACAGUAAAAUACCCAAAUCCUGAGGAGGGUAAAGGAGUACUGACUCUUUCCUUUGCUUUAGCUAAAAAAGAAGGAGCUCAGAUCAUUUUAGCCAAUGACCCUGAUGCUGAUCGGCUUGCUGUUGCAGAGAAACAAGAAGGUGGUGAAUGGAAAGUGUUUUCUGGCAAUGAAACGGGAGCUCUUUUAGGCUGGUGGCUCUUCACUUGUUGGAAAAAACAUAAUCGGAAUCCUAGUGCCAUCAAAGACAUAUACAUGCUAUCUAGCACUGUGUCCUCCAAGAUACUACGAGCAAUUGCGCUUAAAGAAGGCUUUCACUUUGAGGAAACAUUAACAGGAUUCAAGUGGAUGGGAAAUCGAGCAAAGCAACUCAUAGACCAAGAAAAAACUGUCUUAUUUGCUUUUGAAGAAGCUAUUGGGUAUAUGUGCAGCCCUGCAGUUUUGGAUAAAGAUGGUGUCAGUGCUGCAGUCAUAACUGCAGAGAUGUCUAGUUUUCUGGCAGCAAAGAAUCUAUCAUUGUCUCAGCAACUUAAGAUGAUUUACAAUGAGUAUGGCUUUCAUGUUACCAAAAAUUCAUAUUUUAUCUGUCACGAUCAGAAGAUCAUUAAGGAACUAUUUGAGAGGCUUAGAAACUAUGAUGGAAAGAACACAUACCCAAAGACCUGUGGGAGAUUUUCAGUAUCUGGAGUCAGGGAUCUCACUACUGGGUAUGACAGUAGCCAACCUGAUAAAAAAGCUGUUCUCCCUUCAAGUACGAGUAGCCAGAUGAUAACAUUCACUUUCAAUAAUGGAUGUGUGGCAACUAUGCGGACAAGUGGGACCGAACCUAAAAUCAAAUACUAUACAGAGCUUUGUGCACCUCCUGGGAACAGUGACUUUGAAAAAUUUAAGAAAGAACUGGAUGAAUUGGUUGAUGCUAUUGAAAAAUACUUCUUUGAGCCGGAGAAGAAUAAGCUGCAGCCCAAACCAGAGUAAUUUUUCUGUCUGUUUCAGUAACUUGUAAUGUUGAUAAAAGAACCGUGGAUUCAUAAAUAUGGCUGUACUUUUUAGUCUUUGAGAAACAAUUGUGUAUGGGUUUUUUUCCUGAUCAUUUGUAUUUUAAGAGGCAAAAUAUGUCUUCUCUGUGUGAAUUCGUUUUAAACUAAAAGAACUUCUUGUUAAAAUGGAAUUUUUAGUAAAAUCAUUUUUGGUGUAAAUUUGCAUAAGACCUUCCUAUAACACAUAACUGGAAUUACAGACAACAAUGAAUUCUACCAUAUCUGCCGUAUUCUCCUGAUAUACCUAAAUGUCUGUUGAAUGGCUACCUCUUCACUCUCUUGUGCUUCUCUGCCCAUUUUCUUACUUUGCUUCUCUUCUGUAUGUCAGAUCUUUUCAGUUGUAAGGAGAAGAGCAAGACCUCUUGUAUUAUGUUGAAUACAUGUUGUUACUGCAAAUGCUUUAAAAAGAAAGAUAAACAAUUGAAAAUGGAUGCAAUCAAUCAACAUAUCAAGAUUUCAGACAGUGUACAGCAAAGACAAACUCUGCAAUAGCCCUGUUUGUUUAUUGUUUUAUUCUUCAAAUAUGAAAGAAACCAAUAGCUGGAACAGUUUCACAAGAAUGGAGUAUUUACAGUCAGCAUCUCUGAAUGGUAGCACAGCAUUGUUUAGACUUAAUUUUGCAAAACAAUCACUGAGUACAGCUAGUCUGUGUGAAAGUUCUAAAGAAAUUAAACAACUAUUUUCCCCAUGGAAAUACUCUUUUUUUGAAGUCUUGAACUGUACAAGCAGGAUUUGUCCUAUUUAUAUUUCUUAUGCCCUCCCUUCCUUUCUUCCUUUGUACUUUUCCUUCUUCUGCCCUGUUCGGUGCCUGCAAUGAUCAAACAUAACCGACUGUUGUCUUUGGUGAACCAAAUUCUGUUUAACUUCAACUGGAGAGAAAGCUUCCUAUGCCAGAUUUUUUUAUCUCUGUCUCCCCUCUUUUAAUGCAAUCCAAUUCAAUGAUUCUACAUUGUACUUUUCCUGCAUGGCAGGGGGUUGGACUACAUAGCCCAUGUGUUCUCUUCCAACUCUAUGAUUCUAAUUCAUAAUGCUGGCAUUUUGCUCUGUACAUUUGGAGUAUAAAUUAUCAGUGAUAUUAAAAAGACAACUUUAUUAUUUAA